AUUUUACACAAAGUUUGAGUGAACUUUCGUUAUUUGCAUAAAGUGUAUUAUAUCUGAUAUGUGAAAUCAUGUGGAUGUGUUAAUGUUCGUAGGAUCUACGAAAAUCCAGGCGCUCCUUGAUGUUGUAAUGUCACCAAACUCCUCCUCUGGUUGAGUUUAAACAUAGAAUCGCAGAGAACAACUAAUUCUCAAUAUCUUUGAUGAUGUUUAUCCAAAAUGUGUGGUCUUUUUCAGCCUAUAGGUCAAGUGCGACUCACAAAUGUUGCAACUGUAAGAUUAAAAGUCAAAGACCAACGGUUUGAGAUCGCUUGCUAUAGAAAUAAAGUGGUGAAUUGGAGAUCUGGUAUAGAAACCGAUAUCCAAGAAGUGCUGCAAUGCCCAUAUAUAUUCACAAGCAUUUCCAAAGGCAAACUCGCAAAAAAUGACCAACUGAUUAAAGCAUUCAAUACUACUGAUAUCAAGAUAAUAUGCAAACAAAUACUAGACAAGGGAGAAUUUCAAGUCAGCAAAGAAGAGAGAAACCAACUUUUGGAAUCGACAUUUAAAGAUGUGGUCUCAAUCUUGCAUGAAGUUGCCAUAAAUCCAAACACUGGGCAUCCAUUAACGCACACUAUUCUGGAAAAUGCCCUUAAAUCUAGUGGAUUUAGUGUAUCCCUCAAUGAGCCAACAAAAAAACAAGCUCUAAAAGCUCUAACUAUCCUGCAAAAACGCUAUCCAAAUGACAUUGCACGAUCCCAAAUGAGAUUGAGGAUAACGUGUCUAUCUAAACAACGCAGUACUGUAAUAGAAUACUUGAAAUCAAAUAGUGCAUACAUUGAACAAGACUGUGCAAGCUCUAAUGGAGAUGAUGUAGAAAAGAAGCAUGAAAAUGUGGACAUUGACCCAAACUCGGAAAAGACCACAAAGUCUGUCCACUUGGAGGAUCAAACUAUAUCAAUCUUAUUCUUAUGCUGCCCAAAACUGUUCAGGGAUAUAGAUGGCUUUGUAAACAAUACCCUGGAUCCUCCCGGAUCACUGCAAUUAGUCUCACUCAAUGUAAAGGAUGCCGGAAACAAGGGGCUAUCUAUUCAGUCUAAUUCACUUGAAGGUGAUGAAUUUAAUCCUCCCAAAGAGGAAAAAUCCCUCACAGAUGACCAUCUUGUGGACGACUUUGAAAGCCUAAAUUUUAAAUUUGUAGGAACAUCUGCAGAAAAGUUGGAGAAACCAAAACUGACGUGUAAAGAAAUCUUUAAAUGUGCAAACUGUAGUUUGGAAUUUGAAACGAAUGCCCUGUAUAGAAAACACUGUAAAUCAGACUUUCAUGUACUUAAUUCUAAGAGGAAGCUCAAAGGUAUGCCACCCAUAACGGAAGAAGAAUUCCAAGAUAUCAAAUCUAAUGUAGAAAUUCUCUAAUACUCCA